AUGGAGUCCUUCAUUCAUCUUAGUGUGAAACCUUCCCAUGUACCAAUCCUACCUAUCUCACAUGAUAUUUCUUCUUACAAGAAUUGCUUCUACAUUGAUUUUUAUUACUCCAACACAAUUUUAUUCCUUGGAUUCGAUUUCCUAAACUCUACCAACAACCCUACAAGUAUAUAUAUUGAAAGGUUGUUUAUUCCGGUUGAAAUCUUAUGUAAUUGUAGGGAGAUGAAUCAUAAUAUUGCUAUAUACAAUCACUUUGAUUCCGUGCCUACUUACAUAUUAGAUGCGAUUCUACCUGGUUUGGAAGAAUGUGCUAGAAAAAUGGUUGUGGAGAAUGAUGAAGGACGUGACACACUAGAGAUGAAGUUGUGGCUUCACGUUACCACAACUUUAAGACCAAUCGAAGAAGAGGAAGAUGAAGAUGAUAGGAAUCAAAAUGAUAAUGGUCAAAUCCAACAAAUAGUUGAUUCAUUGGAGAUAUUAGAAAUUGAUCAUUCUUCUUUUGACUCUAUUGAAGAAUGUUCAAUUUGUUUGGAGAAGUUUUGCGAUAGUUUAAAGUCAGAAAUUGUUAAUACAAAAUGUUCUCAUUUUUUUCAUAAAGAUUGUAUUGUCUCAUGGAUUAAAAGAUGCAUCAACCGUUCAUCUAAUUAUUCUUGUCCAUUGUGCCGAGGUCAAAUAAUAUAA